AUGGCUGAAGAACUACAAGUAGAGAUGCAAACAACGGUUUGCCAAGCACCCGAAGAAACGCUCCAGGCUAUGGCAAAGGAUUUUAAACUUGAUAUUUCCGAACAAAGGAAAAGUACAAUUGUUUGCAUGAUUUUUAACCAUAUUGAUAAAGAAUUGGUGGACAAAAACGAGGAACAACGAAUGUUAUUCUUGACAGAAUUUCGCUCACGUUACUUUAAGAGCACAGAACCAAAAGAAAAAGAUGUUUCAGAAUCAGUACCCCCUGUAAAACAAAACGCAGGACAAAGUCAAAGCACAUUACAAGGUAUGUUAGAAUCUACAAGUGUAUUUCGUCGACAAUUUAAGAUUGUGGGACAAAUUGGACAGCCAAAUGAGAAAGACAAGUUGAGUUUCACAUCCCUGAUAAGACAAAUUGACACUGGGGUUAAACAGGGGUACACAGAACAGGAAAUUGUGGACGGUGUUAUUCGUGCAAUUAAUGGUGGAAUGGUUCUUCGAAGUUAUGUAGAAACUUACAAGGAUCUAUCUCUAGAGCGGUUACGAAAAAUUCUUCGAAACCAUUAUGAUGUAAAAAGUGCAACUGAGCUAUAUCAAAGUCUUGCAUCAAUAUGUCAAGGGUCAAAGGAAACACCACAAGAAUUCCUUAUGCGUGCCUUGGAUUUACGCCAGAAAAUCCUGUUUUCAAGCACUCAAGAUCAAAGUGAGGACACUUUGGUUUAUGAAAAUGAUCAUAUUCAAAAGCUGUUUCUACGUACUGUUAAAACUGGCCUUCAAGAUGAAAAUGUUAGAGUAAGGGUUAGGGGGUACCUAUCAGAUGAGGAGCUUAUUUUGCAAGUGAAUAAUGCAGUGUCGACAGAGAAUGAACGGGUAAGAAAAUUAAGAAACCAGAACCGCCCAAAUCCUGCCCAGGUUUCCCAGGUAGCAGAGAAAGCUGAGUCCCAAGAUAAAAUUCUAAAGACUCUGGAAGCACUGAAAGUUGAAGUGGCACAAGUUAAGAGUCAGUUGAAGGAUAUCAACCAAGAAACUGAACAAGCUCGAUUACCAAAUUCGCCUGCGCCAGUAGACACUAGAAACCAGAGAAGAAAUACGCCGCCAAAAUGCUUGCAGUGCCAAACUAGUGGAAAUGAUAAAUGCUCUCAUUGUUUCAUUUGUGGAAGUGACAAUCAUUUUGCAAUUGGAUGUCGACAGAAUCGUGGAAAGAACACUUUAAACUCCAGGAGGCUGCCUCUCCGGGGCCAGAAGUAGCCGAAAGAAGUUUGCGGUCCCAAAGAUGUAGUUAUUGUGGCAAGGACGAUGAUCAAAUGACAUUGUACUGUUCUGCACAAUGCAAAUGUAUAGUUUAUUGUUCAAAAAAUUGCCAGAAAAGACACUGGAAUGAUCAUAGGAACAAUUGUAAAACUCUUCGGGACCUGACAUGGACAUGUCAAAACAAGACACGCAGCAAUAAUAAGACAUUUACCAGUCACCUAACUCCUAGUGAGCAUGCAAAGAUUGCUAAGCUAGUAGGAAGACGGUGCACUGUAAAGUGUUCUCUAAAUGAAUUUGAGUCAACAGUAUUAUGGGAUACGGGUGCACAAGUAUCUAUCGUGUCCAAAGAAAUGAUGGAAAAACAUUUUCCUAAAAAUGUUAUAAAAAACAUUUCAGAACUUAUUAAUGGUGAAUUGGAUUUAACAGCAGCUAAUGGUACACGAAUUGCGUAUAGUGGUUGGACUGAGAUAGAAGUUAGAUUGAUUUCAUCAAAAGAAAAGGAUCCAUCGGUUAUGGUUCCUUUCUUAGUAACAAACGACAGUUUAGAAUAUCCCAUUCUUGGAUACAAUGUUAUUGAAGAACUAAUCAAGCCGAUGAAUACAUCUGAUAUUCAGUCAGCACAUAUUGCUACAGUACAAGCUAGUUUUCAAGGUUUUGAUGAGAAAGUGUUACUCGAAUUGGUUAGACUGAUACAGACAGCAAGAGAAAAUGAACUAUGCACGAUUAAGAGCCCAAAGAAAGACUUUGUUAUCCCGGCAAAGAAAACAUUUAAAGUUAACUGUCGAGCGAAUACUGGACCGGUAGAAGAAACUACACUUGUUUUGUUUGAACCGGACGAAUUAACGCCCUGGCCAGACGGUUUAUCGGUGCACGAAACGGUAACAACAGUGAAACAAGGCUCAACGUCUCAAGUAAAGAUUGAUGUGACUAAUACAACUAAUCAUGACAUUGUCGUGCGUAAACACACAGUAUUAGGAAGUCUUCAGUUAAUUAAAUCGAUUACACCUGUAGAAGUGAAGUUGGCAGAAAAGUCAAGCAAAGAAAAAGAACGAACAGUAACAGCCACACAAUCCCAAGUGAAUGCAAUGGCGAAAGAAACUCGAGAACGAGACAAUACAAAUGAUGACCAGUUUUUACCUGAAGUUGACCUUGGUGGAUUAACAGAACGUCAACGUCAAGUGGUUACUAACAUGUUGAAGGAAGAAUGUCACUCUUUUGCAAGAAAUGAUGAGGAUAUCGGUUAUAUCAAAGAUCUAGAACUAGAAAUAAAUUUGACAACAAACGAGCCAGUGCAAAAGAACUAUGUAUCGGUACCAAGACCUCUCUACCCCGAAGUAAAACAGUGCAUUGAAGAUUUGUUAAAUAACGAGUUUAUAAGAGAGUCAAAAUCAGCUUAUUCAUCCCCAGUAGUAUGUAUUCGCAAAAAGGAUGGAACUCUGCGACUUUGUGUCGAUUAUAGAGAACUUAACCGUAAGACAGUGCCAGAUAGGCAUCCUAUUCCGCGCGUCCAAGAAACUCUCGAUAGUUUAGGUGGUAACGCUUGGUUUAGUGUAUUGGAUCAGGGUAAGGCGUAUCAUCAAGGAUUUGUACUGUGAAACCAUCCUGCCGACCGUUAACAGCAUUUGUGACACCCUGGGGGUUAUAUGAAUGGGUAAGAAUUCCAUUCGGUCUUAUAAACGCCCCGGCAAGUUUUCAGAGAUUCAUGGAACAGUGUUUAGGAGAAUUACGUGAUGAAAUUGCCAUUCCUUAUUUGGAUGAUGUGAUCGUAUUUAGUAGAACAUUCGACAAACAUGUUGAACAAUUACGAACAGUUUUACGUCGCCUAAGAGAACACGGUGUCAAAUUAAAACAAAGAAAAUGUAAAUUGUUCAAACGUGAAGUCACAUUCCUCGGUCGAGUAGUGUCGAAAGAUGGCUACAGAAUGGAUCCCGAGAACAUUAACGCAGUCGCGAGUCUAAAGAUCAAUACUCCUGAUACAAUAGGAGAUCUUCCGAAAAUGCUUGGAUUACUCAGUUACUAUCGUCGUUAUGUACCCAAUUUCGCGCGAAAGGCUAAACCAUUAUAUGACCUUGUUACACAAGCAGCAACAACAGACCCGUGUCAUGAUCAAGAGAAAGGUAACAAAAACACCAGAAAGAAAGGUCAAGUGCCAUCAUCAUUCAAAAUCGCGUGGACUGAGAUACAUCAGACUGUGUUAGAGAAACUCAUUGACCAUCUGAUAACACAUCCGGUUAUGGCAUAUCCAGAUUAUCAAAAACCCUACAUCGUGCACACGGAUGCCUCGAAAGACGGUCUAGGUGCUGUCUUAUACCAGGAACAGGAAGAGACAAUGCGAGUCAUUGCCUACGCCUCUCGAAGUCUGACGAAUGCAGAAAAGAACUAUCACCUCCACGCAGGAAAAUUAGAAUUUCUGGCACUCAAAUGGGCAAUCACCGACCACUUCCGUGAUUAUUUCUAUUACGCGCCUGAAUUUACGGUUUAUACCGAUAACAAUCCAUUAACAUACGUUUUAACAUCUGCACGACUUAAUGCCACAGGCUUAAGAUGGAUUGGAGAACUGGCCGACUUUAAGUUCAACAUCCGUUAUCGUCCAGGAAAACUCAAUGGAGACGCCGAUGCAUUGUCCAGAAUGCCUAUGAAUAUUGACGAUUAUAUGAAAACAUGCAGUGAAGAGGUUAAUCGUGACGCUUUCCAAGCGACUGUUUGUGGAGCAAAAGUACAGGUCGAACAGUUUCAAACACCUUUGCUCUUUCCUCCUGAGAUUACUCGAGCGGAUGUUAGUUUAAACCAAGCAUCUAUAAAAUCGUAACCACCGCACCCUUCCAAAUGGUUUCUAUCGUCUACCUUCACCUCGAAACAAGCGUAGGAGGCUAUCAAUACAUCCUGGUUGUUAUGGACCACUUUACGCGACUCGUGACAAAUCAGCCAAGACCGCUGCAGACAAGCUCUAUAACGACUUUAUCUUGCGCUAUGGCUUCCCUGAGAGGAUACACCACGACCAAGGUGCUGAGUUCGAGAAUAAACUUUUCUUUAACCUGGAAAAAGUAAGCGGAAUUAAACACUCUCGGACAACCCCUUAUCACCCCAAAGAUAAUGGUCAAGUUGAACGAUUUAAUAGAACGCUCUUGUCAAUGCUUCGGUCCUUGCCAGACAAAUACAAAAGUCGUUGGCGUGAUCAUCUCCAGAAAGUCGUACAUGCAUUCAAUUGUACCAGAAAUGACGCGACAGGAUACUCCCCAUUCCUCCUACUCUUUGGCAGACCCCCGCGAUUGCCAAUUGACCUUAUGUACGGUCUGAAACCCCCACCUGGCCAUAGCACUUAUCCUGAAUGUCAAGAAAUGGCGAGAAUCGAUGUCCGAAGCAUACCAACUUGCAUCUGAAAAGGCAGAAAAGAACGCUACGAGUGGGAAAGUGCAAUAUGACAAGAAGGCUAAGAGUACGAGUCUACAACCCGGUGAUCGUGUGUUAAUACGAAAUGUGAAAGAAAGGGGUGGUCCCGGCAAGUUACGGUCGUAUUGGGAAGACAAAGUUUACAAAAUCGUGCGUCAGAAAUCAAAUGAGAUUCCCGUGUAUGAAGUCAUUCCUGCGAGUGGCGGGGAGAAGGCAAGAGUACUGCACAGGGACAUGCUAUUUCCAUGUACGUAUCUUCCUGUGGAGAAUCCUAUUGUGAAACCAGCUCAGUGAAAGAAGAAAAAGAAGAGUGAGAAGGAGAAACAGGUCACAAGAUCCAGAAGAUAAAUUCGUGCCAGUGUCGGUUGAAAAUGAAGCCCAGCAGAGUGUUGAGGAAGCUGUACAAGAAGGUCCCACACCAGAAGAACCAGCUCAAGAGAGUCAAGCUUCGACUGGUACCACGGUAGCAGCGGAGGCUGAGACACAAGUUGAUUCACACCCAGUUAGUUCACGAGUACGACGACCACCAACCAGACUGGGAUAUGGCAAUCUGGGUCAACCAACGGAACAUUGGACCAGUAUUAACGCGGUACAUGCACCUGCCACAAACAACAUGUAUCUACACCAAUAUCCUGUGCUCCCGACACCCCCAAUUCUAAUAACUGAGAUCCUAAUUACAAAUUCAAGUCAAAACACAACAAUAUGCUAUAAUAAUUACUGACGGUCACAAUAACCUAUUGUUUUCUCUCUGCAUUAUAUCAGCGAAUGUCCAGAAGCUAAAAUAGCACCCAGCAUUAUUAAAAAUAAUGCAGCGUGCACACAGCAUUAUUAAAAAUAAUGCAGCGUGCACACAGCAUUAUUAAAAAUAAUGCAGCGUGCACACAGCAUUAUUAAAAAUAAAGCAGCGUGUAUCAGUGCACACAGACAUUAUUCGCAAUCCUUCGUCAUCCUGACAAGUACACGCGAUAACCGUGAACAUCUCAAGAUGAGAAGUUGACAGUGCUAAAGGCCCCUCAUACAAUAUCAUCGGGCGCCUGAAGCACUGCCAAAAGGUUAGGUGGAAAACGCGGACAUGCGGACACGCAAGUCAAAUGGAAAACGCGGACAUGCGGACGCGGACAUGCGGACACGCAAGUCAGGUGGAAAACGCGGACAUGCGGACACGAAAUUUACUAAACUUCAAAAAAUCUAUUACGACAAUAAUUAAUAAUUUUCGCGUGAUAUUGAAAGUUAUCAAUGCCGAGGUUGUGUUUUUCUCUCUCUUUUCUCUGUCUUAGUUU